GUUUUAUAUAGGUAAGUAUCCUAGCAACAAACAUCCAACAUUACUGAUGUCCAUAGAGAGCAUAAUAAAGAUCUAGAUGAGAAAUGGUAGCAAGCGGAGACUCCGGCGGGCGUUCGUGCGGAUGUCUGCACGCCUCGUCACGAGCCCGCCUCGAGCCGCCACACCGCCGUACAUCAUACACUACCACCAAAUUAAGCCUCUUAAACAACGAAUAUGACUGUAGAGGAGGCGGUACACAGCGAGACACGUAGCGCUAAUGUGAGGUAAGUAUCAUUCGGAAUCGGAGGCCAAAUGAACGAUUUGCGCUGUGGAAUAUUACGGUAGCCUAUAUUGUCCUUCUGUAUUUGAAAUGAUAAUAUUUGUUGAACAAAACACUCAACAAACUUAUCUACACCAGAAAGGUUAUUACUUAAUGUUUGAAUAAUUUGCUUUAUCAGAAGAAUCAUCAGAUAUUUGUUGGUUUAUGUAUCUAGCAUCUAACAAAAGCAAACAAUCAACGAUAGGUCCUGAUAAGUUUGAGGAAUCUGAUAUAAGAAUGGUUUAAAUGCAAGCAGAACGGAGUUUAUUUACCAUUUAUUAUAUUACAAUGGUUCAGGUAACAUUGUCUACUAUCUCCAAGUAUUUGACUGAAGAAGUAAUAGAUAAAGCGUUUAAGUUGAGGACGAAUAGUGAUGACAGUGUGCAAAGUAUUGCGAUUUCAAGAGCGGCGCCAGCGGGCGAAGGCCUGAUCAGUGCAGUAUACAGGAUUCAAGUAAAUGGCAAGAUUCAUACAGCGACAUUCAUUAUCAAAGGUAUCGUUAGAGAUCCUCUUUUAAGAAAAUCCAUUACCUGCGACACGUACUCUAAACGGGAAGUUUACUUUUUUUCGACCAUACUUCCAAUAUUGCGUAAAACUCAGAUGAUUUCUGGCGCCAAAGAAAACAUUCAGGACAUUAUUCCAUUAUGCUAUGGACAGUAUUCAGAUGGCAGCGAUGACUAUAUUUUGCUGGCGGACUUGGCAGAAGCUGGAUUUGUAUCUAUAUCUGAACUGCCAACAAUUUCCGAAAUGAACCUGACACUUAAGGCUCUGGCUCACUUCCAUGCUGUAUCAUUUGCAUUGAGAAUUAAAAAUCCAGAUAUUUUUGAAGAAAUUGCCAUGGAGUUAAAUGAGCUUUAUUAUAAUGAAGAGAAAAGGAAUUGGUACGCGAAAUAUUUUCAGAAUGCUAUUGAAAUAAAUAAGAGUGUUCUCUCAGAGUUUGAAAGUCCAGAAAGUAUCUACUGUCAGAAAUAUUUCUCGUUGGUGGACGGUGAUGCUUAUGGAGAGCUAAUGCGAGUGGUAUCCUGCCGCGGUGAACACCCCGUGUUUAACCAUGGAGACGCCUGGUGUUGUAAUUUCCUCUGCACUAAGGAAAGAGCGGUCGUCAUUGACUUCCAAAUAAUGAGGUGUGCUUCACCAGUUACUGAUUUGGCGUAUUUUAUAAUAAUGUGCAGUAACGUGUGUCAAACCAAAGAGGAAUUUCUCGACGCUGUGAUUCUUUACUACUCUUCGUUAAAGUAUUAUUUAGGAGACAUGGGUAUUGAUGCCAGUGAGGCUUUUUCUUUUGAUAUGUUAAUGGAGGAACUUAAGAAGUACGGGAAGUUCGGCAUCCUUGCUGCAAUCACAUCGCUCCCAUUGGUGGCAAGCAAGCGGUGCGACACGCUUGAAUCAUUCGAAACCUUAUAUUCCGACUUGGAUUCCAUACCUCUAGAAGUACUUUGGGAAUUAACUCCAAUUAAAAAUGAAGAACACAAGAAGCGAAUUGUAAACGCUAUUAGAAUUUCAGUGGACGUCGGACUUAUAUGAAUACUUUGAAGGAAACAAUAAAAAAACCAUUAUCGUUAA